UAGGAAGUGAAGGGAGGUCCCUUCCGGAUUUGAAGGCGUUUGUGUUGACGGUGUUAGUUGUUGGGGCUGAGGCAGGUUCUUCAGGCGCCAUGGGGAAGAGGCAGCACCAGAAAGAUAAGAUGUACAUCACCUGUACAGAAUAUACUAAUUUCUAUGGUGGCAAGAAAGCAGUGAUUCCACAAGCCAACUUCCGCCGCUUGCCUUUUGAUCACUGCAGCUUGUCCCUUCAGCCCUUUGAGUAUCCAGUCUGCACACCUGAUGGAAUGGUGUUUGAUCUCCUGUCUAUCAUUCCAUGGAUAAAGAAAUUUGGUACCCACCCCACUACUGGUGAGAAAUUGGAUGUUAAAUCUCUCAUUAAGUUGAACUACCAUAAAAACAAUGAAGGAAAGUAUCACUGCCCAGUGAUGUACUCUGUCUUCACAAACAACUCGCAUAUAUUGGCAGUUAAGUCUUCGGGAAAUGUCUAUUCAUACGAGGCUGUGGAGCAAUUGAACAUUAAGACCAAGAAUUUUCGAGAUCUGCUAAGUGACGAACCUUUCACUCGGGAAGACAUCAUCACACUACAAGAUCCAACCAAUGUUGAUAAGUUUAAUGUUUCGAACUUUUUCCAUGUAAAAAGAGGCAUAAAGGUUCCUGAUCCAGAUGAGGAGAAAGCAAAGUCAGACCCAUCCUACUAUCUGAAAAACACCAGUCUGGAGCUAAGGGAAACUCUGUCUGAACUAUACAGAGAUUAUAAAGGCGAUGAAAUGCUGGCGUCUAUUAUGAAAGAACCAGGGAAAAAGGAAGUGGAUAAAAUAAACGCGGCACAUUAUUCUACAGGAAAAGUCUCAGCUUCCUUCACAUCCACAGCAAUGAUGCCUGAAACUACACAUGAAGCAGCGGCCAUCGAUGAUGACCAGGUCCGUUACCGAUAUGUCAAAAAGAAGGGCUAUGUCAGACUCCACACAAACAAAGGGGUUCUCAACUUGGAGCUGCAUUGUGAAAUGACCCCAAAGACAUGCGAAAAUUUCAUCAAAUUGUGCAAAAAGGGAUAUUAUGAUGGAACAAAAUUUCACAGAUCUAUACGGAACUUCAUGAUUCAAGGAGGUGACCCAACUGGCACCGGCACUGGUGGUGAGUCGUACUGGGGGAAACCUUUCAAAGAUGAGUUCAAGCCCAAUCUCUCCCAUGCAGGCCGAGGCAUCCUCAGUAUGGCUAACUCUGGGCCCAACACAAAUAAGUCGCAAUUCUUCAUUACCUUCCGUUCGUGUGUCUACCUAGACAAGAAACACACAGUCUUUGGAAGAGUGGUUGGUGGCUUUGAGACAUUGACAACCAUGGAGAAUGUGGAGAGUGAUGUAAAGACUGACCUGCCAAAGGAAGAGAUCAGAAUUGAGAGCACAGCAGUAUUUGUGGAUCCUUUUGAAGAAGCAGAUCUUCUGAUUGCAGCAGAAAGGGAGAAAAACAGGAACGAGGAAGAGGAGGAAAAGGCCAAAGCAAAGCCAUCAGAGCCUAAAAGCAGUGCAAAUACUGCCCCAAGAGCCUAUCGACAAGGAGUUGGGAAGUAUAUUAACAUGGAAGCUAAAAAACGGAUAGCAGAAGAUCAGGACAGCGGCCCGUCGACCAGCAGUAGCAAGAAAACCAAAGGGAUCACUGGUUUCGGUGACUUUAGCUCAUGGUAGAGCUCGGUCUACAAAGCAAACAUGCAAGAGGAGAGAACACCAAACAGGAAUACUGGCUGCCCACUUUACAAGAUCUUUCCAUGUUCAAAAGGAACUCUAAAGGAUCUGCAGGUCAUCAGAUGUGUGACUGAUUUUCCACUGGAGGACUCUUCCUCUGCUAACUAGAAGUAGUGUGAGAUGGGGGAGAAAGGUGAAUAAACUAAGCAAUUCCUGAAUUUCCAUCCUAGCACAAAUGAGAAUUUCAUUCUUUGCUGAGACCACAUUCUGGAUUUUGUCGAAUGUCAUAUUUGCGGACAAUGGAGUUAGCCAUUUUUUCUCAUGAAAUACUUUUUUAUUGUGGUUUCAAUUAAACCCUUUUGGAUUUUGAACUGAGGUGAUUUAAUCUGUCCUUUACCCGGCUGAGCCAGAAGAACAGUAUGCUGAGAUGGAGAGUUGUUGCAUUUAUGUUGUGGGCAUUUCUUCCCUCCCGUGUGGUUGUUAAGACUGAUUAUGGUUAAGAGAUAUAUUGGUUGUUGGUUAAUAGGUAUCUCUUAAUUCCAUGUACUUAUCCAAACUUCUGUUAAAUGUUGAAAUCGAACCACAUCCACCACUUCCUCUGGCACUCCUCUGUGAGGGAAGAAGUUCCCCCUCAUGUUAACCUUAAAUACAAUUUUCCCUAUUACUCAUGUCUCCAAGUCCCAGUAAAACCCUUGUAAAUUUUCUCUGCAUUGUUUCAAUUUUAUUGAUAUCUUACCUGCUGAAUGCAACUCAAACAACACUCAAAAGAUUCAGUAUACCCAGGACAAAGCAGUCUCCUUGAUUAGCUCUCCAUUCACCACAGUUGGUUUCUUUUUCCAAGAGUGCACUGUGGAUGCCAUGUGUACCAUCUACAAAAUGCAAAGCACCUUCAAGCACACUCCAAAAGCACUUUCAACCUCUCAAGAUGUGGCAGCAAUACAUGUGUACCUCUCCAGUUGCUGGUUCUGCUGACUUGGAAAUAUGUCACCAUUCCUUUGUCACUGUUAAUUCUAAGUCCUGUACCUCCCUGUUCAACAACAUUGUGGGGGCACUUUCACCAGAAUGACUGGCAGUAGAUAAUGCUGCUCUUGGCACUAGCACCCAGAUGCUGGAAAAUGAACCAAAUAAACAGAAGUGGGUGAAAAGCAUGUACUUGAUCUGGCCGAUGUGCAAUUAUCAAAGUUGGGUUUCAUCCCAUGUGCACAUGCAAUGCAAAACUUUCUUGCAACAGCAUCACAGAGACAUAUACAGAAAUUUUACAAAGAACAACACAAAUAAAUACAAAACAAAAAUGAAUUUCAGUGCAUAAUCAGAAAAAUCAUAUGCCAAAUUUUACUCCGUACAUCAUCACCCCUCAAUUUGAUGAAUCUAAGAAUUUACCUGAAGUAUUCAUAAUGAAAAAUUACUUAUUAAGGCCAUAGAAGUUGUAACAUAUGAAUUAUAGUCUAUUUGUACAACUGAUUGUGGGCAGUCGUGAGAGGGUAUGUCAACGUCACAGCUUCCCCCUCCCCUCCUGAUAUAACCCCGUACAAAUACACAGUGAGUUCGUGGCUAAGCAAAAGGUGAACUUGAUCUUCUGCAAGGUUAACCUUUUGCUGUGUAGUCUGGAGUCUGAUGUGAUUGUCACUUAAACUCAGCAAAGAAUAAGAAUGCUGGGCACAUAGGAAAAGAGUUGUUAUGUGGAAGGCAGUCAACUUGAACUUAGUCGGUUUUGGGACAUCACUGGCAGUAAAAAUUCUGCUUUCGGAGUACUGAUAGGGAUCCCAACAUCUUAAAAAAUGUCGGCGCUACAGAGUGUCGGAUCAGCAGCCUGAGCACAGCAGACAAUGACAAGGCCGGCUAAAGCAGAUAUUUGUCAGCAGCUGGGUCUGUUGUACAGCAUAACUUGUCUUGAGUACACAGAUACAGUAGUUAAAUACAGCAUGUUUCCAUCACAGACUUUGCGUUGUCACUGUACCAACAACCAGCACUUCAAAUACCUCUGUUUUGUGUGUCUUCUGAUUCAAGACCAGUGAAACCAAAUUCAAAUGCACAUUCACUAAUGAUAGCCCUAGCUGUUGCCAGCACACUGAAGAGUCUGAGGUCUUGGGCAUCAGUUAGGAUUGGCUACACAAGUGCAGCUGGCUGCAGUGACAACUUACUCCAGUUACUGCAGUCCAACGUCCGUCUUUACUCAGUGCCAGGGAGAGGGAAAAUAUGACUUACUCAAUGCUGAAGCAGCAUUCUUGUUGCACAUGCAGAUCGUGAAACAGAAUUCCAAAUGAACCGGUCAUCCUAUUUGAGGUUUGGAAUGGUCACAGGGUUUGAUUACUGAUACCCACAUGACCAAGGGCAUCACAUGCUGACGGAUACUAAUUCACUCCUGGAAUUUGGAUGUUACCAGCAAGGUCAGCAUUUAAUCCCCAUUCCUGAGUGCCCAUGUGCCGAGUGGUUUACUAGCCACAUCAGGGAUCAGUUUAACACGUCUACCACUUAAUUGUGAGCCAGAGCCACUUGUGGACGGAGAGGUUACAGUGGUGAAUCUCCUCCAUCUAGAUGUUAGGUUUCUACAGCACUCCAGUAAUUUCUCAGUCACUAUUGUUGUUUGCUUUAUGGCAUUGAAAGUCAUUCCUCUGGAAAAUUAAACCACGCCUCUACAUUAUUAAAAUAAUAAAUUAGCACUACACCAACAUACCAAUUGAGGCAUCAGUCUGACAUGGACAGGAAGCCAGUGUGGGAGAGUUUUUAAAGUGGAACAGCCAUUGCACUAGAACAGCUCCACUCACUCGGCCUCAGAAGUCUGGGUCCAGUGGUACAAACACAAGUCACAAAUUGGGGUCUUCCUUGUUUGCAGUGGAUGACCAUGACGUCUUCUGUACCUCGUCAUGCUCUUCGCACUCCCCAGAGCAUUGCAGUACAGACUGUUAAAAUGGUGUACUUGGGUUUGGCCGUGGUCACAUGCAAACAGCUACCUGCAGCCACACAUGAGAGCUGAGUGUUCAGUGGGGACCAAAGGUGAGUGAGGUACCCUGGAAUAGGCAUGAUAAGCCCCUUCACCAGAGGUGCUACCCAUUCGUGGACACCCCAUACAUCUACAUAUAAAAUAUGUCUCUGCCUGUGUGUAUUACAGUUUAUUCCAGUUAAUUGGGCCAUUGGUUAAUCAAGGCAGCUGCUUAUUUAGGAAAACAAUUAAAAACAAAACUAAUUGAGAAAAUUGCCAGGAUUGCUUUUGAUUAUUUGAGACACUAUACUGCUUAAUUGGGAUAGGAGACAAUUGCUGAGCAGUUUCUAACUAUCGUCAUUCCCGUGCACUUGUACAGCCGAUAGACGUUACAGCGUGCUUAGAGCAAACAGUUUUUAAGUAGAGUUGUGUGUGUGUAUAUAUGUUUGUUUUUAUAUAUUACCUACCAUAAUAGCAGCACGUGGAUGAAAGAAAAAUGGAGGGCUAUGUGGGUGGGAAGCAUUUGAUUGAUCUUGGUUAAAAGGUUGGCACAGCUUGUGGGCCAAAGAGCCUGAGCUAAUUUUGAAAAUCAGUUAUUGGUUGUGAAGGAAAGGUCAGCAACCAUCAUGCGCUCAACAAAGUCACACAAAGGACUGUAGGACUUUAUAUUAUGAAUAGGAGGCCAUUCAGUCCAUCAUGUCCAUUCCAGCUCUCAGUGGACUAAUCCCACCAGUUCCACUUCCCUUUCUUUGUUCUACUCUCCCUCUACAAAUUAUUCUUCUCACUUACCCAUUGACUUCCCAUUCUUUUGCAACUUACCCACACUAAAGAGUAACUUACAGUAGCAUUAACCUGCCAUCACAUCUGUGAUGUGUAGGAAACUAGAGCACUUGACCGAAGCCCACGUGGUCACAAAAAUACAUGAAAACUGAACAUAGACAGCAGUCAAAGUCAGGAUUGCAUGCACGUUCCUGGAUCUGUGAGGCAGCAACACUGACUGCUGCCCAGUCUUCUCUUGGUUGUAGUGGAAACAUUAGGUCGCACACCAAAAGAACCCCACAUUAGAGAUAAAUUACUAUGGGACUUUUCAUCCAGCCAAGUAAGCAAUCAGACCUAUGUUCAAUAAAAUAGUGGGUGUUUUUUUUUUGGAGGGAUGGUGACUUUGACAUAUCAGAAAGCUUCCAAUAGCCACUUGCCAAGAUUUGUUUGGACAAAGCUCACACAUCUGUCCCUCUCCUGUGUCUUUCUAAAACUGGCUCGUUCUUGUUCACAACUCCCACAUCUCAGGCCGAGUCCUCAUUGUUGUCUCUGCUGCUUCUUCAACAUUUCCUCUCCUCCCAUUCCUUGCCUCCUGUCUCUCACCCCUCAUUGUUGGUGUCACUUCUGUUUUUACCAGUGACAUUUGUCUUCUAAAUAUUUUGAAGCACACUAGCCUCAUUGUAAGAAAGCUUUUGUAUUUAAAUAGCACGAUCAGUAGUGAACAAGUGAGCUCAAGGAUCUCACCCAGCUACCAGAUCAUUCCAAAACAUGGGUUUUCUCCUGACCAAUUGAUAUUGAACAGAAUCAGAAUAAGGUUUAUUAUCACCAGCAUGUGAUGUGAAAUUUGUUAACUUAGCAGCAGCAGCAGCAGCAGUUCAAUGCAAUACAUAAUAUAGAAGAGAAAAAAUAAUAAUAAAUAAAUAUGUAAGUCAAUUACAGUAUACAUAAAUUGAAUAGAUUUUUAAAAAUGCAAAAAACAAAUACUGUAUAUUAAAAAAGUGAGGUAGUGUCCAAGGGUUCAAUGUUCAUUUAGGAAUCGGAUGGCAGAGGGGAAGAAGCUGUUCCUGAAUCGCUGAGUUUGUGCCUUCAGGUUUCUGUAUUUCCUGCCUGAUGGUAACAGUGAGAAAAGGGCAUGCCCUGGGUGCUGGAGGUCUUUAAUAAUGGAAGCUGCCUUUCUGAGACACCACUCCCUGAAGAUGUCCUGGGUACUUUGCAGACUAGUACCCAAGAUGGAGCUGACUAGAUUUACAACCCUCUGCAGUUUCUUUCAGACCUGUGCAGUAGCCCCUCCAUACCAGACAGUGAUGCAGCCUGUCAGAAUGCUCUCCACAAUACAUAUAUAGAAAUUCUUGAGUGUAUUUGUUAACAUGCCAAAUCUCUUCAGACUCCUAAUGAAGUAUAGCCACUGUCUUGCCUUCUUUGUAACUACAUCGAUAUGUUGGGACCAGGUUAGAUCCUCAGAGAUCUUGACACCCAGAAACAUGAAACAGCUCAUUCUCUCCACUUCUGAUCCCUCUAUGAGGAUUGGUUUGUGUUCCUUCGUCUUACCCUUCCUGACGUCCACAACCUGCUCUUUCAUCUUACUGACGUUGAGUGCCAGGUUGUUGCUGCAGCACCAUUCCACUAGUUGGCAUAUCUCACUCCUGUAUGCCCUCUCGUCACCACCUGAGAUUCUACCAACAAUGGUUGUAUCGUCAGCAAAUUUGUAGAUGGUAUUUGAGCUAUGCCUAGCCACACAGUCAUGUGUAUACAGAGAGUAGAGCAGUGGGCUAAGGUACAUUAGUGUUGAUCGUCAGUGAGGAUGAUAUGUUAUCACCAAUCCGCACAGAUUGUGGUCUUCCAAUUAGGAAGUCGAGGAUCCAAUUGCAGAGGGAGGUACAGAGGCCCAGGUUCUGCAACAUCUCAAUCAGGAUUGUGGGAAUGAUGGUAUUAAAUGCUGAGUUAUAGUCGAUGAACAGCAUCCUGACGUAGGUGUUAGUGUUGUUCAGGUGGUCUAAAGCCAAGUGGAGAGCCAUUGAGAUUGUGUCUGCUGUUGACCUAUUGUGGUGAUAGGUAAAUUGCAAUGAGUCCAGGUCCUUACUGAGGCAGGAGCUCAGGCUAGUCAGACCAAUCUCUCAAAGCAUUUCAUCAUUGUCGAUGUGAGUGCUACCAGGCGAUAGUCAUUAAGGCAGCCCACAUUAUUCUUCUUAGGCAUGGGACCUGGAGGAACCUCUGACAGCAGCCAAUCUGACACAAGACUUGUGAUGUGCCGCAGCAAUUUAACCCAUCUCCCAAAAAAAAAUGAAGAUAAGAGACUAGAGAUGCUGAAAUCCAAAGCUAAACAUUCCAGAUGAAUGGUGUCUACUAGAAAUGUUGACUGUGCCCUUCCACAGAUGCUGCCUGACCUGCUGAGUUCUUCCAGAAGUUUGUUUUUUAACUCCUGAAGAAACCCCUCUGUCAAGAGAGAAGCCUUCUUUGAACUGCUUAGCCUAUGCUUUGAACUCACGACCUCUGAGUUACAAAAGCAGGUCCAAUGGAGGUUAGAGGCGACAAAUUUCAUUUUUCAACUUUAAAAUAUAUGUUGUUACUCAUCUCAAAUUCAUCUUUCGUUUGAUUAUUUCAAUGUGACCUAAUUAUAAUAGAUCUGCAAGACUUGAAUAGUAUUUUAAUUUACAACCCAUUUAUCACAAUGAAGCAACUUUCAUGUAAAUCAUAUUGAUUUAUUCAUAAGAAUCAUAAUGGUCAGAUCCAUCAUCUAAAUAAGUGGGUGGUCAAUGGCCACUUCAAUCAGGACAGCUUUUUGAGGCACUUUGGUUCUACCAGACAAGAGUCAGGAUUAAACCUAAUGUUGGAGAAAUUAAUUGUGUGAGUGACCAGAUUGUCAGGUGGAGACCGUAUCGAAGGCCAAUUUCGGUCUGGUAAGUCAGAGCCUGAAAAAAGUAGGGUGAGAGUAGGUACUUGCAAGUAAGUCUUUUUGGAAUGAAAUAGUUCAGAUGCUGGAAAUCCAGAGUAACACACAAAAUGCUGGAAACACUCAGCAGGUCAGGCUGCAUCUAUUGAGAGGAAUAAUUCCAAGAUACAGGAAUAAGAUCCUAUAUCUUGGAUCUCUGGCUUGCUGAGCUCCUCCGGCAUUUUGUGUUCAGGGCCAACAUGUUCCCAUGACAGUGAAAGUACAAAUCCAGACAACUCUGGAUGCCUUAGGGGAGAUAACAAGAAUUAAAGUAUAUGGCAGGUAUGGAGAAAUGUGUUAAUGAAGGCUGUGCAGUUGAUGUAGUCUGAUGGAUUUCUGUAAGGUCUUUGACAAGGUCCAUGAUGGGAGCCAUUUGUCCAAGUGCUUAGACCCCAUGGGAUCCAGGAGAAUUUGGUAAUUAGGAUUCAAAACUGGCUCAGUAAUAGUAGAAAGAGGUGAUAGUAGAGGAGCAUUUAUGUAUGAGGAGAGUUGUCAUGCUACAGGACGAUAUUGAUCAGUCAGUAAGAUGUGCAGAGCAAUGCCAGAUGGACUUUAGUCAUGAUUGUGGCCAUGCAUUUUGGGAGACUACACAAUAAAUGGUGGGGCUGUGUAAGUUUUCUGCAACAGUGGAGUAUUGGUAUACAAAUCCAAGGAUCCCAGAAGGUAACAACAUAUAUAAAUGGUUGAGGGGGCAUAUUGGACACUUUCAUUGAUCAUGGCAUAGCAUGGGCUGCAGGUUAUGGUACAAAUGUAUAAAACAGUGAAAUGUUACGCUCAAAUUAACAUGAGAAAAGAGAUACAGCAGGAUGGUGCCUACAUUAAAGCAUUUAAGUCAUGAGGAGACCCUGAAUGGGUUGGGUUUGUUUUCUUUGAAGCAGAGGAGACUGAGGGAGGAGCUAAUUGAGGGAAAUAGGUACGACCGUUGGUUAGAAACUUCUCCUCAUGGCAAAGUUAUAAAAGCAAAUUACAGAGGUUUAGAAUAAGGAGGAGAUGAUUUGGAGAGGAUCUGAGGAAGAGUUUUUUUCUCUCCCAGAGAGUGGUAGAAUCUGGAAUGCACUGCAUGAGAGGGUGAUGGAGACAGAACCCCUCACAAAAUGUAAGUUUAUUCAAUGAGUCCUUUAAUCACCAAGGUAUUGAAGGCCAUGGACAAGUCCUGGAAAAGGAAACUAGUUUCAGCAGGCUCUUGAUGGUCAGCAUGGAAAUAAUCAGAUUAGAUUAGCUUUAUUUGUCACAUGUACAUCAAAACAUACAAUGCGUCAUUUACAUCAAAUCAAAUCAGCAAGGAUUGGGCUAAGCAAGUGUUGCCACUCUUCUAGAACCAGCAUAGCACACUCUCAAUUCACUAACUCUAGCUGUACAUCUUUAGAAUGUGGAAGGGAUCUAUGUCUUAUGGUCUUAAGGUCCUAGGAAAUCAGAGCAUCUGGAGGAAUCCCACAUGAUCACAGGGAGCAUGUACAAACUCCUUACAGGCAGUGGUGGGAAUUGAACCACAACUGGUGAUUGUUGGUUGGUGCUGUGAAGCAAUGUGCUAACCCCUACGUUACCAUGCCACCGGUGGUGGGCCGAAGGCCUGUUACUAUGUUCCAUUAUUCAAUUACAAGGUGUGACACCGAUGGGCAAAUUGAAGGGGGUUCCAAGGAACUAGU